ACGGGUUUACUCUGGAAGGCCUAGAUGUGUUAAACGGUGAAGUCUCACUAUGGGCUUAUUAUAUAUGGUUUUUUAAUAGAACCGUGAAACUGACAGUGUCUGCUUCACUUGAAGGCAACUUUGAAUCAAAUUCGUGACAUGCUUUUCAACUGUUCCCGUAAUGUAAUGGAUAAGAAAAUGGCUUGCAAACCUGUGGAAAGACCAACUUUUUUUGAAAUAUUUAAGGCACACUGCAGUGAAUCAGAUUUAGGGCCUAUCAGUCUUAAUUGGUUUGAAGAACUCAGCGCAGAAGCACCCCCAUAUGAUCCCAAAUCGUUCGCAGAGAUUGAUGGGCCCUCUGGCUGGUUUGAUCAAACAGCUUUUAAAACUCCAAGGACAAAACCCUCAACAUACAGUCAUCUGGAAUCAACCCCACUGCUCUUUAAAGAACAAAAUUCAAUAUUGCCACCUUGUUCUUCUCCUGAAAAAGACCCAGAUCAGAAAAAAAUAGGAGCAAACAGAGAGAAUUUGAUAAGCCCAAGUAACACAAGAAGAAAAAUAGACCAAGAAAAUGAAAUACUUGCUUCUCCUCCUGGUACCUUCCACAACUGUCUUGCUGCUAGUCCAGCUGUUUUAAGGAGUACUUACAGAACACCUCAGAGAAAUAACAUCCCUGGUCCGUAUGGAAGUUUGUUUUACACACCAAAACUUUCAGAGGUCAGAACUCCAAAAUGUAUUUCUGAAAGUCUGGGAGCUGAAGUGGAUCCAGAUAUGUCCUGGUCAAGUUCUUUAGCCACGCCUCCUACCUGUGUUGAAACUGUGAUAAUAGCUAGACAGAAUGAUUCUAUUUCUGAAGCAAAGCAACAGGAUGGAAGAGCUGAUACAAUUUUGCACAACUAUUUUUACAAGCAUGAUAAAUGUCCUGGGAUAAGUGAUGCAAGUAUGCUGUCUGUACCAGAGACAGUAAAGCUAAAUCCUGAAGAUGACAUCAAAGAUUUUGAGUCAGAGGUGUUAGAUGGCUUACUGGGUGAGAUGGAUAGCUUUGAGGACACAGUCAGCAUGCCAGCUGAGUCCAGUGGAACUCUUCUGCUGAUUCCACAUGCUCUGGAUGCAGUGGAGAAAUAUGAGAUAAAUCCAGAAAAACCACAAGAAAAAGGGGAUGUUCCCUCUCAGCAGCCUGAUGGAAGAAAGAAUGGAAUUUCACAGGAAAUCAAAACAAAUAGCUGGAAAUUAGAAAACAGCCACUGUGCUCAGGUGAACAGUUCUUUACUCCAAAACACCAGUGAAGAUGAUGGUUUAAUAGGACACAAAAAAGAAUUGGAGUCUCUUAGGAAUGCAGGAGAUGUGAAUGAUUAUAGACCAGACAGGUCCUUUGAGAAUGAGAGGCCUGUGAAAGAAAGUGUGCACUCUCCAUCAAACCAGUGGUCUCAACUGAACUUAUCUGGUCUUGACAAAGCUCAUAUGGAGAUGUCUGUAUGUAGCUCUGCACCUUCUGACUUACGUGGGGGAGAAAAUUUAGAAGAAAAGUCAUUACUAAUGGCCAAGGAUGAUCCUGUGGAAACAUCUUUACUGAACUCUUUAUGCUUGAUAAAAGCACAAAAGCUCUUGAGUGCGGAUUUGUCAGAAAAAUUCUGUGAAAUGAAAAACACUGAAAACAACUCAACAUCGGAAAUAACUCCAGUAAAAUCUGUGUCAUUGAGUGUUCAAGAUCCAGAGUUAGUAAAAGGAUGUGCAGCUGAGGUUUCCAAAAUGAGCUUCUUAAACUGUAAUUCUUUUUUAAUUGAACAUGGAAAUGUCACAGAGUGUUCUGUUGUCUACAGUGAGAAGUUUCCCAAGCAUUUAAAAGCAACUUCUAAAUCUGUCGUAACUGAUGUUCUGUCUCACCCACUUGUGUCUAGUGCCAAAUCUCCAGAUAAUUGUGAUGACCUGUAUUUAAUAAAUAGUGAAAAUACUCCUACAAAGUCUGGUUUUAAAAACCUGAAGAUGUUACCCAGUCUGAGAAAGAGAUCCAAGAAAUUUAUUUAUAGAAUAAAUAAUACUUUACUGUAUCAAGAUGAAAAAACACAAAAAGAAGUAACCUCUGAAUCACCUAUUCAUACUGCAUUGCCACAUUUGGAAUCAGAUUCAUAUGAAUUUAGAGACUGUCUGGUGGCCAAUGAUGUUGAGCAAGACCACUUUCUUCCUGCUGAGAGACAGUAUUUGGAAUCAAAUAUGAGGACAAAGAACUUCAGUGCUUCUACUUUAAAAAUUGAUAUAAUGGAUAACUCAUCUGAUAAUUCCUUCAGUGAUAGGUUGAAACAACAAGAUCUUGAAGACCUGAGGGAAAAUGCAAGAGAAGAUCAACCUGCUGCAUCAAUAAAAUGCUUAGAAGUAUCUGAAGACACACUGAAAGAAGACACAACAAAUUCUUUAAAUAGUGAGAUUCUUUCAAAUAUAAAACGUAAAGUUCUGACUUCAGCAUGCCUAAUGGCAAGAAAGCAUUCCAGAUUUCUCCCUAAAAGCUGUGCAUUAGGGAAAGGUGAAGAAGGUAAGGACAUGAGUGCUAAGGUGAACAAUGGAGCUGCUGUACCUCAGAACCUGAAAGAGCUUGGGUCUUCUCACAGAGACAAGGAACUCUUGAUUGAUAUUCACAGUGACUCGACAUCGUUGUGUCAGAUCAACUUUGGCAUAACUGGAGUCAGUAGUGACCGUUGCGAUAAAUUAUCACCCAAUAAAAGGCAUUCUACAGAUCAGAGGUCAGGAGUUGACUGUGGAGAAGUACAGAGACCUUUGGGAAUAAACUGCUCAGAAAAUAACAGUACUGUAUUAAAACAAGGGGAGAAAACAGAUGCAGCUGCCUUUUCAGAGGAUGUAGCCAACAGUGAAGACCCAAAGCCAGCUGAAAACAGCAAAAGCCCUCAAGCAGCUGCAUUCAGUAAUGUACCUGUAGACAUUUCUAAAGAAUUAUUAGGUUGUGGAGAUAAUAAUUCUUUAAAUGAAGUAAUUGCUGUGGAAGAUAAACAAGUAGCACCUAUGUAUUCCAGAAAAAUGCCAAACAAGAACUUAAAAUGUAAAGGGGAAUCAUCAGUGAAUCUUAAUGCAUGCAGUUUGAAUCUGGGCUUCAGUGGCUUUCAGACUGCCUCCAAUAAACAGAUUAAAUUCUCUGAAGCCAGUGUAGCUAAAGGCAGAAUGCUGUUCAAGGAUAUUGAAAAUGAAUGCUUUGGAGCCUCUUCCAUGGAAAGAGUCAGAAACUUUUCACAUCAAGUUAAAAAGGAAAAUAUGCUAUUCUCAGAUUCAAAAAGCAAGCUGGGGAGUAAUUUAUCUGAUUCUUCAGAUUCACAGGCAAGUUUUCUUGAACCCAGGCAUACACAGUUUACUCCACAUAAAGUUAGCUUGUGUAAAAACUUUCCUAGAACUCCACAAGCCUUGAAAGAAUCAAAUCAUACCUUGACAGCAAGCCAAGAAGCUGAAAUUGCUGAACUUUCCAGUAUCUUGGAAGAAACAGGUAGUCAGUUUGAAUUUACACAGUUCAGAAAGCAAAGUAAUGCAAUACAAAGUCACAACUUGCACCAAUUAGAAACUGUAGAAACACAUGGAACAAAGAAUGUAGAAAAUAUUUCUGAAACAAGGAAAGAUGUGGGGGUUUGUAGCACUUUUGAAUUGGAAAAUCAAGUAAAAAAUGACAAGUAUUGUGCUCAGGAGGAAGACACAAAUGAAGACACUGAAUUGGUGAAAAAUGAAAAAGAAAAUGCAGUGUUUUUCCACAAAAAUGAUAAAAAAGUUACUUUUACUGACUUAGACAUAAAUGAAAGUAGAAGAUCUGAUGAGAGCUUUCCCAUAGCUAAGCAGGACAGCUUUUCUAAUUUCAUAGGCUUUACUUCAGCUGGAGGUAAAAAAAUAAAUAUUUCAAAAGCAGCUUUGAGCAGGUCUGCAGAGCUCUUCAGAGACUUGGAUGAUGAUAACUACUUGUUCAAAUCUUCUGAAACUGCUACUAGAUGUCACAAUUCAAAUGGAUCUAUGUCUUCUAACAGUAAUUUUUCCAGAUGCCUGACAAAAGAAAGCAAAGAAAAAACUGUUCAUGUUUCAGAUUUCAAAAGUGUUAAUGCUGUUUCCCACACAGGUUCUGUCUCCUACCAUGCACAGAAUAAAAAUGAGGAACAAACUAGUACAGUAUUCAAGGAGAAUAUGGAAAACAAGACAAAAAUAUCAGUAAAUAAUACUGAAAAUGUUAGUUUUGAUAGUAUUAACAUUAUCAACAGCCUAUUAUCCACUAGAAAUCAUAAGCAGAAUUAUAAAACUUCCAAAGAAAUUUUAAAUCGAGGGGAUGAUGAAGGCAAUUUGCAAGACCACUCAUUAGAUGUAACAUGUCUAGAAGAUGCUAUUACAACUGUAGAAGAACACAGUUUAAGUACAUCAUACGGAAUGGAAAACCAGUGUCCUAAGCAGAAAGAAGACGGAAAGGAAAAUGAAUGUUUGUCACCAAAACUUCAGACUCCAGCUGGUGGUGAUAUAUCCAUUUCUGAUGCAGCUUUGGAUUAUUCUCUGUCCUUGUUCAGUGUACAGUGCAGAGAAGGAGACGUAAAUGUUUUGGAGAACUCUGAUAAAGAAAAAACAGAUUGUAAAAAUAUGGAAGAAGACACCAGUCAUGAUAAGGACCUGCUAGUGAAUGAAAGCAGAAUAAAAAUAGGUUCUUACCAUCAUUCUCAAAUACCUCUUGAACAAGAGGUAAACAUGGGGGAAAAUGAAGUGGAAGGGAGUUAUCUGACUGGUUUUCGUACUGCUAGUGGCAAGAAAAUAGCAAUUGCUGAUGGAUUUUUGGCUAAAGCAGAACAGUUUUUUGCAGAUGUUGAUGUAGGAAAUGACAAUUUUGAGACUUUCACCAAGAAAAGGAAAUGUGGCAAGAACUGUGUUAAAGACUGUGAUUUAUGUAUUGAAAGCAUUGCUCAGUGUGACUCGGAAAAACUCAAUUUAAAUGAAGAGCUUGUUGCUGAAGAGCUUGGAGAUCAGGCAAUAGAUAGCAGUCCUAUUAAACAUGCUGUGAUUCUUGAUCCUGCUUGUGAAGGGAGUUUGGUAACUUCACAUAUGCAUAAAAAAGCUGAUAUCAGACCAGGAAAAUCAGAAUUAGAAUCCCUUAAAGGACAGAAGAUUGAUGCUUUAAGUAGAACUCAUUUGUCUGAAGAUGGAAAAUUCCUUGCAGAGAAAAUGGUGGACUACUCACCAGGAAAGAGGGAUGAUUUGGAAAACACACAUGAUUUUCCUGUGCACUCUGCUGCAUCUCUGCAUUUAAUAAAGGUACCACAUGAUGUCAAAGAUAACUGUGUGCCUGGAGGUACAAAAAAUACUUUAUUUGUUGAGGAGAGCAACAAUAAAGGCGAUCAAUUGCUCUUUUUAGAUUCAAAAAGUAGAUGCUCUUACAUGAAUGGUGACAGUAAAGAAUUCAACUUAGAACAUUUAAAUGAACCUGCUGCUGAUAAAAAUAGCUUCACAGACACUAUUGACAGUGCUUGCCAAAACCAGACACUAGUCAGUCUUCUUGAAGAGGAAACUAAUUUUAACAGGUUAAAAGAAACAACACUUAAGGUUGAAAAGCAAAGGGGUGAUCUGAAACAAACCGUGUUUAGCACAGCAAAAGGGAAAGCUGUGUCUGUUUCAGAAAGUGCAUUAGCAAGUGUAAGACAAAUGUUUCAAGACUGCAGUGAGGCUGUAAAAUAUGAUAUUGAGCCUAACUCAAGAAGGAAUCAAACAGAAAUUGCUAGAAAUUCAUCUGUAGUCCUUCAUACUGAGUGUCCUAAUUCUGCUAAUUUUUUUAAUGCUACAACUAGUAAAGAGUUUAUUAAAGUAAACGCAAGUGCUGAUGAAAACUGUCACCAAGAAAGAAGCACAUCUGCAGAUGCAAAGUCUGUUUCAAAUUCUCCGAAGCAAUCCUUUGAGCAGAAUAGUAAGCUUUUAGGGCACUUUGUUCCAAAUAAGCAAAUAAAGCUAUCAGAUGCUUCUACAACAGAUGCUUCUACAAGCCAUUUUGGAUUUUUUAGUACAGCAAGUGGAAAGCCUGUACAGCUUUCAGAAGAGUCACUCAGGAAAGCUAGACAGCUCUUUUCUGAAAUGGAAGGUAGUCAUUCACCACAUGUACAAGAAGCAUCUUUAGUUGAGGAAGAUGUUGAAAAGUCUAAAAUGCACAUUGAAGUACUACCUAGGGAAAUGCAGGUAGUAUCAUCAAAAGGGGAAGAAAAUACCAGCCCUGAACUGAUUUCAGAUUCUGCUUUUGGCUUCAGCACUGCUAGUGGAAAGCAGGUAAAAGUUUCAAAAGAUGCCUAUCAAAAAGCAAAGGCAAUUUUAGAAGAAUCUGAUUACUUUUUGAGUAGUGGGCUUUGUACUACAGAUCAGCUUAAUUCAAUUAAAGACAGUGGUCAACGUGUAGAAUCUUUAACAGAUAAGGUGAUCUCAGAAUUCAAAACUAAAAACAGCUGCAAUCAAGACUCUGACUUUAAAGGCCUCUGCCCUCAGGAAAUAAAGUAUUUUCCAAGCACUCACCAUGUCAAAAUGCCUGAGCACACACCAUACAAUCAGAAAAAGAAGCAGUUAGCAUCAUUUAAAAAUAACUUCCAGCAAGCGAAAACCGAGUCUUUCGGAAAAGGGCAGCUGAAUCUGUGGUCAAAAACAGACUCUGAAGCAAUUUCAUGCAGUGCUACUGCUAAAGCAGAAAUUAAUAGUAAUCUUCUCCAAAGUCCAAAAAAUUACUUGGAAGUCGAAGCUGCAGAAAGUGCAAGAGCUUUUAUGGAAGACAGUUUUUCCAGUUCUGGAGUACAAAUUAAUGCUGUGCAGACCUUCAGUGGCAGACCAGAUAAAAACUUCCAAACUAAGACCUUUGGGAAGAGGCACCUUGAAGAAAACAACUCACUUGGUGAACCUCCAAUUAAGAGGCAGCUUCUGCUUGAAUUUAACAGAACAAAGAAUUCCCCCAGGUCUUUGAAAGCUUCUAAAAGCACCCCUGAUGGCAUUUUUAAAGACAGAAGAAAAUUUAUGUACCAUGUGCCUUUAAAACCCAUAACUUGUCAGCCUUUUGGGUCAACUGAAGAACGACAAGAAGUCAAGAAUCCUACCCUUACUCUGCCAGAUCAAGACUUGAGAGGAUUCCAGUCUAAACCUGCCAUUUUUCAGCACUGUGCUCUCAGGCACUCUUCAGAUAGUGCUGCAGGGGUUUCCACUCCCUGUAAGGCCUCGGCAAAAGAGAGUGAAGAAACGAGAAGUUUGUACAAAUCUGGCAAAGCUGCUAAAACUUUUAUUCCACCCUUCAAAACCAAGCUGACAUUUUCUACAAGCGAACAAGGCAGCAGCAGCAGAUGUGACUCACCCAUCAGCAAAAGUAUGAACAAAGAGAUGGAACUAAAUCAGAUCAGAACUGAACAAAAUACUGCUGACCCUCAAGAUCAGCAGCCUUGUGUCCAGCAUGCAGCAGACACUGACCUAGAAAAUGGCAAUUUAGCUAUGGCCAGGAUGGUGACAAAUCUCCGCUGUGCCAGAGAUCUGCAGGAAAUGAGAAUUAAAAAGAAAUAUAGGCAAAAUAUUCGUUCACAGCCAGGCUCUCUUUAUGUCAUUAAAACAUCUGCCAGCAACAGAAUCUCUCUGAAAACUGCAGUAGAAGAGAAAUCUCCUAGCUUUUAUUCUACAGAAGAGCUAUACACAUAUGGUGUUUCAAAACAGUGUAUACAAGUUAACAGCACAAAUGCAGAAUCUUUCCAGUUUCUCAUCAAGGACUUUUUCAGUAAGGAGUAUUUGUUAGCUGGAAAUGGAAUGCAUCUUGCUGAUGGAGGAUGGCUAAUACCUACAGAUGAGGGAAAAGCUGGGAAAAAGGAGUUUUACAGAGCCCUCCUUGACACUCCUGGUGUGGACCCCAAUCUAAUAACAGAGGCCUGGGUUUACAAUCACUACAGAUGGAUUGUAUGGAAAUUGGCAGCCAUGGAAGUGUCUUUCCCACAUGAAUUUGCUAAUAGAUGUUUGACGCCAGAAAUGGUCCUGUUGCAGUUGAAAUAUAGGUAUGAUUUGGAAGUUGACAAAAGUAAACGAUCGGCAAUCAAAAAGAUAAUGGAAAGAGAUGAUGCAGCAGGUAAAACACUUGUACUGUGUAUUUCCAAAAUCAUAUCGCUGAACACAGUUGUAUCUCCUAGCAGUAGCAAUAAGAACAUGGAAAGUAAAAAAGCAGCAGCUUUAAUUGAAGUUACUGAUGGCUGGUAUGGGAUCAGAGCUCUUCUGGAUCCACCUCUCAAAGCUUUCUUAGAUAGAAGGCAGCUGACUGUUGGUCAGAAGAUCAUAGUGCAUGGAGCAGAACUUGUUGGUCCUCAAAAUGGAUGUACGCCACUGGAAGCCCCAGAUUCCCUUAUGUUAAAGAUCUCAGCGAACAGCACUCGCCGUGUGCGAUGGUACACAAAACUAGGAUUUCAUCGGGAUCCCAGACCUUUCCCUGUGCCUUUGUCAUCACUUUACAGUGAGGGCGGUGCAGUGGGGUGUAUUGAUGUGGUUAUUCAAAGAACAUACCCUAUUCAGUGGAUGGAAAAGACAUCAGCUGGUUCCUAUGUUUUUCGUAAUAGCCGAGCGGAAGAAAGGGAAGCUGCCAAGCAUGCAGAGGAUCAGCAAAAGAAAUUGGAAGCUCUGUUUGCAAAAAUUCAAGCAGAAUAUGAAAAGCAUGAAGAGAGAACCAGUAGAAGAACACGAAGAUCACGGAUUGUCACAAGACAGCAAAUCCAUAAUUUGCAAGAUGGCGCAGAACUUUAUGAAGCAAUUCAGAAUGCAUCUGAUCCUGGUUAUAUGGAGGGAUAUCUCAGUGAUGACCAGUUAAAAGCCUUGAAGGCUUACAGGCAGCUGAUGAACGACAAAAAACAAACUCAGUUGCAGGAACAAUUCAAGAAGGCUUUAGAGUCAGCAGAACAGGAAGAAAAUGGUUGUUACAAAAGGGAUGUGUCUGCAGUAUGGAGAUUAUAUGUGGUAGACUACAGAAAGCAAGAAAAACAUAAAGGAGCAGUAGUGAGUAUCUGGCGCCCGCUGCCCGACGUGUGUUCCUUGCUGAAGGAAGGCGCUCGCUACAGGAUCUUCCAGCUGUCAGCGUCCCAGUCCAGGGGCAGGGCAGACUCCACCCACAUCCAGUUAGCAGCCACCAAGAAAACUCAGUAUCUACAGCUCUCAGUAUCACAGGAGAUGCUGGUACAGAUUUUCUUUCCAAGAAAGGCUCUAGAAUUCACCAGUUUGUUGGAUCCUUCUUUUCAGCCACCAUGUGCUGAAGUGGAUUUAGUCGGAGUUGUAAUUUCUGUUAGAAGAGCAGGUUUCACUACUGUGGUAUACUUGUCUGAUGAAAGCUAUAACUUAGUGGCAGUAAAGAUCUGGACAGAUCUCAGACACUUGGCUAUUGAAGAUGUAGUUGUCCGCUGCUCACUCAUUUCUGCAAGCAACCUUCAGUGGCAGUCGGAAUUCAGAUCAGAAAUUCCCAUGCUGUUGGCUGGAGAUCUUUCUUUAUUCUCAGCUAGUCCAAAGGAAUGCUAUCUUCAAGAGAAGGUUAAUGAACUGAGAAGUGUGAUAGAGAACAUGGCCUCCUUUUGCUCCAAUGCAGAAAGUAAAUUGAUGAAUUUGCUGCAAAGAAAUCUCUUGCUUACACCCAGUUUAACUAGAAGAUGUGGCUUGGAAAGUCCCUCUCCUUCCUGCAGCUAUAUAGAGCAUAGAAGUUUGAUCUCUUCUAGAAUUGAAAUGAAGCAUCCAAGCCCUUUGUCAACUAGCACGCCAAAUAUGGAACUUGUUACACCAGGGUCAGCAAAAACACCUUCACCUGCUACAGUUAAUGAAGACCAUCUCAAAACCAGCAAAAAGAGAAAAGCUAUGGACUUCCUCAGUUGCAUACCUGCCCCUCCACCACUGACACCAAUAUGUUCAGUAAUUUCUCCAUCUGUUAAAAGAGCAUUUCAGCCUCCACGAAGUUUGGGUUUACAGCACAGCAAGUCACCUAAAGAGACAGAUCAGAAUAUUGCACUUGUCACCCCUUGCAGAAAAGUGAGAGAAACUGUCCAUCUUCCUGACAAUGACCUGGUUGCUGAUGAAGAACUGGCAAUGAUUAAUACACAAGCACUCAUGAAUAAUUUACCAGAAGAAAAGAAGAUGGAUUACGUAAAUGAAAUUAGCAAAGCAACAGCUACUACUUUAUCUGAUGAUGUUUCAUCCAUAAAUAGUUCCAGGUUUACUGGGGAUUCAAAUAACUCAUCAAAAGCAGUUCUGAAGUAGCAGAGGCUCUUCAGAAGAACCCAAAGUAACCUGAGGACUCAUCACCAACCCACAGAAUGCUACCAAGACCAAAAUCCUGAAAAUGCUGCUAAUGCACAUAUAUGAUGUUGUAUAUAUUUAAAAUUAGAAUUAUUUUUACAUUUUGUACAUUAAAACUUGAUUGUAUUUAAUAAAGUUCUAUUACA